AUGACAGAAACAGUGGCCCCGGCGUUAUCAACAGCGCAAGACGCCGGCGAUUUCGAGUUUGCCAAGGUCAACAAGACUUCUACCGCGCGGGCGUACCUUGGCCAGAUUUCCGAUAAUUCAGAAUCCACCCUAAAACAGCUUCUGGCACAGUACUACUCGGUGACGGACCUGGUUCGGUUUCUCCAGGAUAAGAAAUUCAGACGCAUAGCGUUGCAGUUCCCAGACUCGCUUGUGGCAGACUCGCCCAUCGUGCUGCAACUGGUGCAACAACACCUCGACAAGCUGCCGCGUGAUCCCGGUCACGUGCCCAGCGCACAGGAUAUUGAGUCUGUCAAGGUGUGCAGCGGCAAGUGCGGUGGUGACUGCAAGAACCGGCCCGACGUGUGGAUACUGGCGGACACGUCCUACUCGCCGUGCUGUAUUGAUGAGGUGGCUGCCGAGCACGUUUCGGCGGAUCUUGUUGUGCAUUUUGGAGACGCCUGUUUGAACCCGGUCGACAAGCUCAGUGCAGCUUAUGUGUUUGGUAAGCCGUUCUUGGACAAGGAGAAAGUGGUGGAGGCGUUCAAGGCCACGUACUCCCCCGACGACAAGGUGAUCCUGAUGGCCGAUGCUCCAUACACCAGCCAUCUGUACGACAUAUACGAGCAGCUGUCCCCAGAGUACAACGUUGGAUACGCGGAGCUCGAUUUGGAGCGCUCGAAAGCGGCAAUAAUCGACCAGACAGUGCACAACAGCGAGGGAACGCAUCUGGCCUCGCGGAUCAUCCAUUUUGACGGCCCAUUGGAUGAGUGUUCUCUGUUCCAUAUAACCAAACCAGAAGACCCGCGGCUGCUUUAUCUGAGCACACAGUUCUCUAGCAUGACCAUCUAUGACGUAGACUCUGCAUCAGUGAGUUCUGGGCCGUUCCCGACGCUGAUGAAACGAUACAGAGCCAUGCACAUGGCCAGAAGCGCAGGAACCGUGGGAAUUCUGAUCAACACGCUGUCACUGUCAAACACGCGCACUUUGCUGAACAAGGUGAUUCGCUGGGUGCGUGGCGCAGGCAAGAAACAUUACAUGUUUGUGGUUGGCAAGCCGAACGUUGCAAAACUGGCCAAUUUUGAAAGCGUCGACGUUUGGUGUAUCAUUGGAUGCGGCCAGUCGGGAAUUAUCCUCGACACGUACGGCGAGUACUAUAAGAACAUCAUCACGCCGUACGAGCUGCAGCUGGCCCUCAAACAGGAAAUCACAUGGACAGGCCAAUGGAUCACCGAUUUCGAGGCUGUGCUGGAUCAAGAGGAGGAGGAACAAGAGGAGCAAGACGGCGAAGAAGAGGAGUAUGUGCCGGAGUUCAAUCCCGUGACCGGUCAAUUGGCGUCUUCCAGACCGCUCAGACAGAUCAAGCACUUGGAGGUGGAGCUGGGCUCGACUGAUUCUUCAACAGAUGGACAAUUGGUUGCUCGGUUCUCCAACACCCUAAGCAUCAAGAACACCGUCAGCACUUCGGCCAGUUACCUUCAGUCGCGCGAGUGGACUGGUCUCGGCAGCGAUUUUGGCCAAGACGAGCUCGAGGGCGCCGAAUUGGAGGAAGGCCGUUUGGGAAUAGCUCGUGGGUACGACUAUGAUAAGGGGCAACAAGUAGAGAAAAAUAAUUAA